AAAUGUAAAUAUUUAGUAUCAAGUUGGCAAGAGGUUUGAGAGUUAAGACAACAUUGGUCUGGACACAGAGACGUUACUACAUUGAAAGCUGUAUACCAUGUCUCACAGAAGCAGUGCCGGUUCUACAAGCCGUUGUACACACUGUCGUCGUCAAAUUCAACCCGAAGAAAAGAAGUUGAAUUAUCAAGACCAACCUUUUCAUUCGGAUUGUUUUGUUUGCGAACACUGCCGUAAUCCUCUUGGAACUGAAAGUUUCGUGAAAAGAGAUGAAAAACGCUAUUGCCAAAAAUGUUUUGAACGCCUCUUUGCCAAGACUUGCAAUGCAUGUGGUGACACCAUAAAAACCGCUUCGGUUGAUUAUGAAGGUAACGCGUACCACAGUGAUUGUUUUGUAUGCAGUGAAUGCCGCAAUGCUUUGGCUGGGAAGAAGUUCCAUAAGAUGGGAAGAAAGCUGGUUUGUAAAGCAUGUUACCGUGAUAAGUACGCCAAAAUUUGUGAUUACUGCAAACAAGUGAUCGAAGCAAACAUCAAGUUUGUUGUGGAUGAUGAGAAAACCUAUCAUCGUGAGUGUUUCACUUGCAGCAAGUGUAGUCGACCUAUUGAUGGGGAGAAAUACAACGUCAAGGGAGACAAACGUAUUUGUUUGAAGUGUCCCGCAUAGGAUAUUACAAAGGAACAACUCGAUUUGUAUCUUUUUAUCUUUGUGUAAAGAUUUCUUGUAUCCAACAGGUUUAAAUUGUUUACAAAUUUGUUGUUAAUUUACGUCUCAAAAAUUAGUAAAAUUAAAAGCAAUGUUUCUGA